ACACUUACACACUGAGACGAAAUCCGAAUGAGGUUUUAAGACAGGAAGUACCAGGACUUAAGGCAGUGUUCUUAUUGCGAAAGGGGUCGAUAUGUGUCACUGUCACAAGAACAGUGGGGACAUUAGGGUCGGACGGCUACAUUUAAAAGGAUGUGAGUGCAACUGGGAGGUUGUAUUAGCAUUAGAGCCCAACAUAAUGACGGCCGUGUCUGGAUCAGGACACCUGCUCUUGCUGUGUCUGUUAUCAGCUGCUGAAUGUGACCUGGUAGUGCUCGCCACUGUGGGCUAUAAUGUGACUCUGCCGUGUAAAUAUGAUGUCCGAGCAAAUGGUCUAAGUUCAACAUGCUGGGAACAAGGUGCUAUACCAGCCUCGAAAUGUAGCAAUCAGCUGAUCGCCACUGACGGUGCAACAGUCAGAAAAGACUCACAGGUGUCAAGCAGGUACCAGCUCCUGGGUGACCUGAGAAAGGGAGAUGUUUCCAUGACGAUAUUAAACGUCAGUGAGAUGGACUCUGGACAAUACGGAUGCAGAGUGGAAAUAGCGGGAUGGUUAAAUGACCUUAAACAUCACUUUCAAUUGAAAGUUCAGAAAGAUACUAAGCCAAAACCAAAGAGGACAUUGGAUAAUGUCACCUCCACAGAACAGACCACAUUGAAGUACACACAAGCAGCUCACAUCAAUGCCACAGGGUACUGGAACACUCCUGAAAUGGUUCUCAACGCUGUUCAGGGAAGUAGUGGCCAAUUUUAUGUGCCGAUUGCAUGUGUUCUGAUCAUCGCUUCCAGUGCAGUGCUGGGUGUUGCUGUCUACUUUAUAAAGAGAUCGGGAAAAUUCAGCAAAUCUUCCCAGAUAAACUCGCUGUCUGUUCCUGAACCUACCAACAGAGAGGAGAACAUCUACCAGAUGGAUGAAGUCAACCCCUAUCAGACCUUUCAAUGACAUUUUGUGUGAUUUGAUACAUAAUCCGUAGGUUAUUAAUAUAGUCAUUGCUAUGCUGUCCAGUCUGUAUGAACCUGUAUCCGUGUGAUUCUUUUGUACAGUCUGCUCAGCUGUGUCUGAAAUAUCAUCAAAAUCGCUCGUAACCUUGUUUAUAUAAUAUCCAAAUAAUAAUGUGUGUAAUUUUUUAUAAUUAUUCCCUACAACUUUGAGUUGGUGUGCCUUUAACUUCUGGUACUGUGGUGCCUCACCCCGAAUAAAGUUGAGAAUCGCUGCCGGGGGGGGACACUGACACAAAACAGUCAAGGCGGAUGUCAGUCCUAAGUCUAAGGACUGUGCUAGAUAUGUCUACCCAGAGAUCACACAUUUUGAAACGUUGCACCUAAAUGUGUCAUGCAACCAGACAAGAUGCAUAAAACCGUCAUUGUAUCUUAACACAAAAGCUACAUUUAGCAAGAUAAAAAAUAGUUUUAACAUUUUAAGAUAUUUUAGAUAUUUAGAUACAUAGAUAUGUUUUAUAUGUAUUUAUAUUUAACCUUUUGUUUUCAAACUGAGACGCAAACAUGUGUUCUAAUAAUGAAAGAAAGUUUAUUUUGAAGGGCCAGGAAAAUGCUUAAAAGGUGAUUUUUGUUGUGACUGUUUUUUAUUAAUAUCACUCUUGCCAGCUGAAUCAUAUAGUAUACUUUCAACAACAACGUUCCCUAUUUUCACACCGUCACACCAUCAAGUGAAUUGGUCCAAUAUGAAGUUGAACAUAGGAGAUGCAGUAUCAAAGGCAAUGAUAAAUACAAUUCAAAAGGAAUAAUUAACUUUAAAACAACAUUUAUAUUUCACAUUAAUAUAUAACUAGUCAAAAUGAGUAUAUGUAAAAAAUAAAAAGGUAAAAAGUCUGAGAUUACCAGGUAAAACAGUGCGUAGCACUGUGUCUUCACAGCCGGACAGAUUUUUGUUGUUGAACUGACUCUCAGCUACUUCUCAACUAUGACCCAUCCUGACCCACUUCGGACUAAACUAGAAAGAAUACAAUCUGGUUUCAGCAUCAAAUACAAUCUGUAUUUGUAUGUAAUGCAUUUCAUAAUGUUGAUUGUGCAUAUACAAAUUAAAAGUUGGUGGAUUGUAUUAAAAUAUCAGCAUUUAUUAUCACCACACAUAAAGUCGUGAUCUCUUUGGACAGGAAAAGGGAUGCCAAAGAAGAUGGCGAGCCAUUUGCUAGCAGACGUUGCCAUGAUAUUGUGAACAUUGAGUUUUGCAUUCAUAUAUUACACUAUAUCAUGGAUUCAGCCACUCUUUCAUAUUGGACUCUGCAUAUUAUUGGUUUUAUUCUUCUGCAUGUAAACGUACAAUACCUUAUUGUAUGAGUGAAUUUAAGGACUUUAACUCAAUAUAAAUCAGAGUUAACUUUUGAUGUUUAUAUAAUAAAGGUCCUUGUUUCAAA